GUAGGCGCCGGGCAGGACUGCGUCCGCACUGGCUGCUCUGGCCCCGCUCGGAGAGGGAGAGGGUGAGUGCGGUGCCGCGGCGGGACCCGCCGGAUCCGGCUGGCGCCAGGCGGUGAUCCCAGGCAGCAGGCGGCCUGGACGGCCCGGCGAGGCCCCUGAGGGGCGGGGCCGGCCCUGGAUGGGCCCGGGGCAGCGCUCUCUCCGUCCCUGCGCGGCGCCGGGCCGCUUGCUCCAGCUCCGCCUCCUCAGGAUCCGGCCUGUCCCCUAGGAAGGAUCCCACAGGAAGGCGGGAGAAGGCAUGGCUGCUGGGCCUCUGCCAUUGGGAACUCAGUUUCAGGAGUCCGUGACAUUCAAGGAUGUGUCUGCAGAUUUCAUUUGGGAGGAGUGGCUUCGUCUAGAUUCUGCUCAGAGGAACCUGUAUGGGAAGGGGAUGCUGGAGAACUACAGGGACUUGGUGUCACUGGAGCAUCGGCUUUCCAAACCAAAUGUGAGUUCUCAGCUGGAACUGGAGGAACUGAGCCGGUGACAAAAGACUUCCAGUGCGCCUCUCUCCAGAUUGUCUUUGAUGUUACUGCCAGACUGCGCGACCAUUUAGCCUUCUUAUCCCGUCCAGAACCAAGACGAGAAAGCGUCGAGGACACAGUGUUUCCCCCGCCACCAUGACUCACUCCUCAUAACCUUCCUGUGGGAUUGGAAGACAAGACUUGAAACCAAAGAAUCAACUACAAAGCCCAACAUUACUGAAGAUAUAUCCUAUGGGGUAAUAAUGGAAAGGGAAGGUCUCUGGCAUUCUUCUUUAGGGGAAACCUGGGAACCUGAUAAUUGGUUAGAUGGGCAACAGAAAAACCAGGAUAGACAUCUGGGCCAAGUGGCAGUUACUCAUGAAGAAACCCUCACUGAGAGGAGGACAUGUGGAGGUAACGAAUUUGCAAGAUCUUCUAGUCAGGGGUCAAUCCUUGAUAUACGACAAAGUAUUCCUGUGGGGAAAAGGCCCCAUAAUCAGAAUUCACAUAAAGAAGACACUAAACAGGAUUCUGAAUUAAUUAAAACUCAAAGUAUGUUUGUUGGAAAGAAAAUCUAUGAAUGUAGUGAAUGUAGGAAAACCUUCAGCCAGAGCUCAUCUCUUCUUAAGCACCAGAGGAUUCAUACUGGGGAGAAACCCUACAAGUGUAAUGUAUGUGGGAAGCACUUCAUCGAACGCUCCUCCCUUACCGUACAUCAAAGAAUUCAUACUGGAGAAAAACCCUAUAAAUGUAACGAAUGUGGGAAAACCUUCAGUCAGAGCAUGAACCUUACUGUUCAUCAGCGAACUCAUACUGGAGAGAAACCCUAUCAGUGUAAAGAGUGUGGAAAAGCUUUCCGUAAGAAUUCAUCCCUUAUUCAACAUGAAAGGAUUCAUACUGGAGAGAAACCCUACAAAUGUAAUGAAUGUGGGAAAGCUUUUACUCAAAGCAUGAAUCUUACAGUGCAUCAGAGAACUCAUACAGGAGAAAAACCCUAUGAAUGCAAUGAAUGUGGAAAAGCCUUCAGCCAGAGCAUGCAUCUUAUUGUACAUCAGAGAAGUCAUACUGGAGAAAAACCCUAUGAGUGUAGUGAAUGUGGGAAAGCCUUUAGUAAAAGCUCAACCCUUACACUGCAUCAGCGAAAUCACACUGGAGAAAAACCCUACAAAUGUAACAAAUGUGGAAAAUCCUUUAGCCAAAGCACAUACCUUAUAGAACAUCAGAGACUUCAUUCUGGAGUAAAACCUUUUGAAUGUAAUCAGUGUGGAAAAGCUUUCAGUAAGAAUUCAUCUCUUACUCAACAUCGGAGAAUUCAUACUGGAGAGAAACCUUAUGAAUGUAUGGUAUGUGGAAAACAUUUUACUGGGCGAUCUUCCCUUACUGUACAUCAGGUUAUUCAUACUGGAGAGAAGCCUUAUGAAUGCAAUGAAUGUGGAAAGGCCUUCAGCCAGAGCGCAUACCUUAUUGAACAUCAAAGAAUCCAUACUGGUGAGAAACCCUAUGAAUGUGAUCAGUGUGGAAAAGCCUUCAUUAAGAAUUCAUCCCUUAUAGUGCAUCAGAGAACUCAUACAGGAGAGAAACCCUAUCAGUGUAAUGAAUGUGGAAAAGCCUUCAGUCGGAGUACAAACCUUACACGACAUCAGAGAACUCAUAUGUGAGUUAAGUUUUCACUAAACCCUUCACCAAGAUAAACUGUUCAGUGAUAAUCAGAUAAGCCCUGUAACAUAGAAACCUCAUAAAUGUAAUGACUGUAGGAAUCUUUCAGUUGAAGCAUAAAUUACUAUACAAGAUAAUACAGACCACUACAGAAAAACCAUAUAAAAUAGUGAAAUCUUCAUGCAGAAAGUAAAACUUACUCCUUGACAUCAGAAGGUUUAAAUAGCUCAUGUUCUAAACAACGAGGAUUCGUGUUGAAGAUAAGUUCUCUUGUGUCAUACUGCAGAUCUCCUUUGGACACCAGAGACUUCACGCUGGAGAGAAAAUGUGAGAGUGCUUAACUGGACAGCCCAAAGACCUGGUAUGUAGUCCUCCUCUGCCGCUAACUUGGACAAGUCACCUUCUUUCACCAGGUCACGGCGUCCUUAUUUGGUAAAUGAGGAAUUUUGAAUUUAGAAGGUCUCCAGAAUCCCGAUUAGCUCUAAAAUGCUGUAAACCUAUAGAUAUAACCAAUACUGGGAAAUCCUUAACCUUUUACCAUGUUAUAUAUGUUAUCUAGAUGCUCCUAAUCCACAACCUGGUUUCGCUGGAUGUUGUGAGUCAAAAUUCUCUACCUCUGCCAAAUCCUAUUAUUAUCCCUCCAUGCCCGCCUCCACUGUUAUUUUCUCCCCUAAAACAUAGGCUGAUUGCUACUGGGUGAUGAAAUAACUGUACAAAUCUUAAUGCCAUAGCAUGCUGUUUUGAGUUCUCAAUUAACUCAUUAAACUACUGUUAAAUAAGCUAA